UGGCAUCCCCGUCGAAGGCCCCAAGCCUGCAUAGAAUGGAAAUUCCCCUAAAAAAAGACCUCAAAUUUCUCGUUUUUUUACUCCUUGCUCGCAAUUUUCCUAAAUUAGUCUCUUUCAUUCUCUAGGUUUCAGUUAGUUCGCUUUCAAAUGUGCAAAAAAUGUUGAUUUUGAACUUCUCAGUCGGACUUUAGCCCGGAUUAAAACUGUUCAUGGCGGUCUCAGUGACGCCUUCGUCUAUCUUCACCUGCUCUUCUGUCUUCUGCACCACUGCUUCUCUUCGUAGAAGUUUGAAGUUAUCUCGAUCACAAGGUGCAGAAGGCUGUAAACAUGGGAAACAGGAGCUAAACCAUUUCAAGGGGACCACAAAAUCGAAAAUAGGAUUUUUGGGAAGGAGGCUGAGUGGCUUCGCUAUUUCUGAGGAUCAGUCCACAUAUUUUACAGUGAAACUGGAAAAUAUGGAACCAGAAGAACUGGAAAUCACUGCUGAGGAUGAAUCCGCAGGAAGCACUUUAUCACCCCCUGUUGAAAGAACUGCUGGAAAACCAGGAUUUGUUUCAUUCCAUGGCCUUCCAUAUGAAAGGAGAGGAGAAAUCCCUGGAGCUAGCCUGGGCAAGGAAAGGUCCAGGGUCUUUUGGUUUAUUGGACCAACCAUGCUGGUGGCUUUCCUGGUUCUUCCAUCACUUUACUUGCGGAGGGUACUUUCUACUUUUUUCGAGGAUUCACUGUUGACAGAUUUUCUCAUCCUAUUCUUCACCGAGGCUCUUUUCUAUGGAGGAGUUGCAAUAUUUGUUUUACUCGUAGAUUAUGUCUGGAGACCUCUCAAAAUGGUUGAUGACGAUAAUAACAAUUGGUCAAAGAUUCAGUUUGGGCUUCAAAUAUCUUCUGUAACAACAUUAGCACUGAGCUUGAUCAUUCCCCUCCUCACCAUGGGGAUGGUUUGGCCAUGGACUGGCCCUGCUGCUUCUGCUACUCUCGCUCCGUAUCUUGUGGGUCUUGUUGUCCAGUUUGCUUUCGAGCAAUAUGCCCGUCAUCACAAAUCACCGGCUUGGCCUGUCAUUCCUAUUAUCUUUCAGGUAUAUAGACUGCAUCAGUUGAAUAGAGCAGCUCAAUUGGUGACAGCACUCUCCAUCUCAGUGAGAGGAACUGAGACAACACCGCAGACUCUCGCCAUUAACAGCUCCCUUGGAACUCUCCUAACUGUCCUCCAGAUCCUCGGGGUCAUCUGUAUCUGGUCGCUUUCGAGUUUUCUGAUGCGGUUCCUUCCUCCGUCGGUGGCCUCUGUUGACUCCAGAUAAGCUUUUGAUAUUGAAAAGCUGACUUGCAUGAAAAGAGAGCAGAAAGCUUCAAUUUUUAUAUUAAGUAGAACUAGAAAUAGCAUUCCAGCUUUGAGAAUCUGAGAAAGGGAAGCUAAGGAGUUCUUAUUUAUGAAGUUUUAAGCUGGAAUGUUAUAUUAGUUCUAUCUGUAAGGCUCAGUUUGGAUACUUUGAGGUGCAUUACAUUCCACAGUUGCUGUUUACAUAUCUAAUAUUUCGUUUUCAUGUAAACUGAGUGGACUUAAAUUCAUUGUUUUUAAAUAUAUAUAUGGUUUUAGUUACAAGCAAUCAAAUGAUCCCUAAUGAUACUUUCACAGCUUGAAAAAUUCUGUG